AUGGCUGGAGAAAUACGUGACCAGCAACCAAAUCCUUGGAGGAACCAUCUUGAUGAGCCGCCUUUGGACGAGGUCCAAGACCGCAUACCACGAGAAGGCCUUGGACCGGAGCUUAACCGAGCCGAUAGGCUACACCGAGGAGACUUAGGCGAUCACCAAGGAGGGGAGAACCAAGAGACCGUUGGAGACAGUGACUCUAGACCAGAGCUUCUCCAAAGCCGUAGCCCUAUCCGGACUUACGAGGGCCACCAGUUUGAGAUCAAGCCGCGAGUCAUUGCUUUGGUAAAACAAAGUCAAUACCACGGGCUUAUCGAAGAAGAUCCGUUGGAUCAUGUCGAUUCUUUUGAAGAAUUGUGCAGCACAACUAGUGCAAAUGGAGUUCCGGGCGACUACUUGAGAUGCCGGCUCUUUACUUUUACCUUGGCGGGAAAAGCACUCAAGUGGCUCAAGUCUCUCCCGUCUCGCUCAAUCACUACAUGGAUGGAGUUCAAGAAAGCUUUUCUUGGUCAGUUUUAUACAAAGCAGCGGACUAGUUUGAUGAGGAGCAAGAUCGUUGGCUUUCAGCAAGGGCCAAUAGAGCCGUAUCAUGAGGGAUUGGAGCGCUUCAAGGAAUACAUAAGAGAUUGCCCACAACAUGGCUUCUCGGAAGUAAACUUGUGGAACACGUUUUAUGAGGGAAUAAGGCGCGAGCACAAGCUGUAUCUUGAUAUAGCUAGCAACGGGAACUUCAUGAGUAAGUCCAUAGAGGAAGCCAAAACAUUGAUUGAUAACUUAGCGGUCAGUGACAGCAAGAAUCAACCGAGCUAUGAAGAAACGAUCAAGGCAAUCAACGCGAGACCGGGACUAGUUGAGUUUGAGGAGCUGAAGUCCAUGAUCGCUAAGCUUUUGGAAGAGAACCGGAGCAUCGCAAAGCCCCCAUGA